AUGACGUCAGCCGCGGGGGACGGCGUGCGUGUCAACAUCUCCGGUAUCGUGGAGAUGGAAAUCAAGGUCGCGUCCCACCGCUUCCCCGACGGCCUCCACCUCGACUUCUCCAUCAACGCGCUGCGCAUGACGUCAUCAGUGCACGGAGUCCUGGGCCAGAUGUUUAAGAGCGGCAAGCCUCAGCAAUUCCAGUCCGCAGGCCACGUGGGCGACAACGGCGAGGGCAUCGUCGACGGUACGUACCGGGACUACCAAACGUCUGACCUGGCUUCCCCCGACUGCAAGUUCUCCCAGUUCGUCCGCACCUUCGAAGCGCCCGGUACGGACCAACCAGGCUCUCGGAACGCGGCCGCGUCGCGCAAGCUGCAAAGCGCCGACGCGCAAACCCUGAGCGUCAGCGGCGGCUUCGCGUGUCGCCAUGUGGCUAACGGCGGGCUGCUGUGCGCGGGGGUGUAACACUAGAGCGUGCUCAGGAUGUUGGGGAUGUAGGCGUGAUGGGUUUGGGAGCUAGCUUUGGACUUUAAUUACGUAGAGCUUUAGGGGUUCGGGACUCUGAGACUUUAGAGCUUUCGGGUUUGGCUUUGGAGGGCCUUAGCGGGGUUAUAGGGCCCUAGCGACGUUAGAAGUUUAGGGGCACUGAGUGAGAAAGACGGCCUGGUGGGAACGGUACUCGCCUACUGCGGCACCCAUGACAUUCUAUUCAAACUCACAAGAAGGUUGACGAGGGAUUGGUUGCAACCGAUUGGAGUGCCUAACGUGAGUCAAAUCGUCUGCAAUCAUUUGUCGCGGCGCCUUUUGCCCCAAACUUAGAAGUCUCCAAGUUCAAGUGCUAGUGCUUUUUGUAAACUAAAACAGACAGUUCAAACGGCCUACUACUCUACUACACAACUUGAAGGUGCGGUCGAAAAUGACCGCAGGGGAGUGCCGUGUCAAAACACUUUGUAGAAUAGCGGGUCCGAUAACAACGUCAUACGUACGUCAAAACGUCAGAACUUUAGAGUAUAUAAACCGCAUAUAAACGCUGGUUUUCUGGCUACGAGAGCAGAUUUUACCAGGAUCGAUACCGCCCAUUGACUUGAAUUAGGUGCCGAGGGGAUAGCGAGAGUAUAGUACGUUUGGACAAUCCAAAAGCUGUUGAUUUCGCGUCUCUAAUCUG